AGCCAUAAGAGAAAAAGAGUGACUGCACAAGAAAAUGUAUUUAAAUAUUAUUUUUUUUUCUUUUAAAUGUUUUACGUAAAUAUAAUGUGAUGUCAAGAAAAUAGAAUUGUGGUUUUUCUGUAAAGAAGAUUGCCAGCUGAAACAUCACGUCAGAUUCAACAAUGCAUCAGAAUAGUUUCAGGUACAGCAAUGGAGGAAGUGGAGGCUGAAAGCAGUGGGAGUGAUGAGGAAUGGGAUGGCAUGGAUGAGGAGAUCAAUCUUUCCAUGCAGACUCUUUGCCUCUUCUGCUCGGAGAUUUUUAAUAAUGCAGAAUUGAUGUUUGAGCAUUGCCGUUCUCAGCAUAUGUUCGACAUUGUUGGAUACUGUAGACGGAUGGGAUUAAAUUGUAUAGAUUACAUUAAAUUUAUCAAUUAUAUCAGAUCUCAUAGACUAUCAUCUUCAGAAUUAAUGGAAAUUCCCAAAGAAGCUAGUCCAUGGAGCAAAGAUGAAUACAUGAAGCCUUAUGAUGCAACAGAUCCUUUGCUUACAUUUGAUAUUGAAAGUUUUGUUCAAGAAAAAUUAGCUGAGAGAGCAGAUUACGAUGACACAAUUACAAUAUCUCAAUCUAGAUUUGAAGCCAUUUUACAAAAGCUUCAUCAGAAAGAAAUGAAACUACAAAAUGCUUAUGAUAGAAUAGACAGAAUGAAGGAAGCAGCCAAAAAUGUUCUGUGCAACAAUGAUUAUCCAUCUGAUAAAAGACCUUGCACUGAAGAAAGACGUAUGAGUAAUGAAGAAGACAGUUAUUUUAGCACAUAUGAUCAUUUUGCUAUUCAUCAUGAAAUGCUGCAGGAUAAAGUUAGGACAUUGUCUUAUCAAGAUGCCAUCUUGAAAAAUUCAGAAAUCUUCCACAACAAAAGAGUGCUUGAUGUUGGCUGUGGAACAGCAAUACUUUCCAUGUUUGCUGCAAAGGCAGGAGCAUCUAAAGUUAUGGGUGUGGAUAAAUCAGAUGUCAUAUUUCAAGCAAUGGACAUAGUGAGGGAAAAUGGAUAUGAUCAAGUUAUUGAUCUGUUCAAAGGCAGAAUUGAAGAUGUGCCACUUCCCGAGGAAAAAGUAGACAUAAUAGUCUCAGAGUGGAUGGGAUACUUUUUGCUGUUUGAAGGCAUGUUAGACAGUGUCCUCUUUGCUAGAGAUAAGUUUUUAGCUCCAGGUGGUUACAUGUUUCCAGAUCGAUGUACACUUUCAUUGAUGGCUGUAUGUGAUCUUGAAAAGUACAAUGAGUAUGUAAACUUUUGGGAUAAUGUCUAUGGGUUCAAAAUGACUGCUAUGAAAAAGGAUGUUAUAAAAGAAGCUAAUGUUGAAGCUGUGAAAGCUGAAGUUGCAUGUAGUGAACCAGUUGUAGUGAAGGAAUUGGACAUAAUGCAAUGUAAAGCUGAUGAUGCUGAUUUCAGUUCUGUAUUUGACCUGGUAAUGAAUCGUACCUGCAGUGUCACAGCUAUUGUUGGGUAUUUUGACAGUUAUUUUGAAAGAGGACUUUCACAUAAGGUUGUUCUUUCCACUUCUCCAAAAUCCACUUCUACACACUGGAAGCAGACUAUGUUUCUGUUGCCAAAUCCUGUGCAGGUCACUGAAGGUGAAGUUGUAAACUGCAGGCUGUCUUGUAGGAAGAAUCGAAGAGAUCCUAGAAGUUUGAUCGUUAAACUUAAUUUUGGAAAGUAUCAUAAUCAAUAUUAUCUGUCAUAACGUUAAUAAAAUGUUGUAUAUAUCAUUAUA